AUGGGAGAUGUGUCCGAGGCUGAGCUGCUAACGAUGGGAGGUUGGAAACUCUCCUCGGUGGGCUACUGCAAAGCGGAAGGGUUUUGCAUGAUGACUAGCGGCAUUCGCCACAGCCUCGGAAAAGGAGCGCGAAUGUCUGUCAACCUUUGGGCGGCUUGCCAGCCCCAACUUCAUCUUAGAGCGGGUGAAACUCUGCUUGAUCUCUCCAAAAUCAGCACCGCAUUCUCAUAG